ACAAAACUUCACCCCUAAGAAUGAACAAAUCAAUAAGUGAGUUUCUGUCAAGAGGUUCAUUUUAAACAAUGGAGAGCUUGGUUCUGAUUAUUCUGAUUACCCUGCCAGGUGUGUGGAGUGGAGACUGGGGGGUGACACUUGAAAACCAAUGUGCCUUAAGAGGGACAUCAGUGGUUUUGAAGUGCGACUAUGACUAUCCUUCAGGUCACACUGUCACCUCAGUGAGCUGGUCUAAAGCUCAGUAUGUAUCUAAUAGCUGGAGGCUGGUUGCUCUUUCUCAGCUUUUUUCACCUCUGAAGUUUAACUAUGUAGGAAACAAACAGGGUGACUGUGAUCUGAGGAUCAAUAAUGUACGGUUCACUGAUGAAGGACACUAUCACUUUAGCUUUGAGACAAGACGCGACAGAUGGAGCAGCAAAACAUUUUCCUAUUUGUUUGUGAGAGGACUGACCGCUGUGGUGUGGCCAAACACUGUGACGGAAGGAGAAGAUGUCAGACUGAUCUGUCAUUCAGGUUGUCCUCAAACCACCGAAUUCGUCUGGUUCAGAGAUGGACAACCGGUAUCGGCUUCAGAGUUUCAAGCCACCAGUGAGGAUGCUGGAAAAUAUCAUUGUGCUGUCAAAGGACAAGAGACGGCCAAAUCUGCUUCUGUGGCUCUGAACGUUCGAUACAGUCCCAAGAAGGUGACUCUGUCAGUGAGUCCUUCAGCAGACAUCAUCAAAGGAGACACGCUGACUUUCAGCUGCAGCAGCGACGCCAACCCUCCUGUAGCAGAAACAGGAUACAGCCUGUUUAAGGACGGACAGUUUGUCAGCUCUGGGCAGGAACACACCAUCUCCGAGGUGCAGCUUGGCCACAGUGGACGGUACCACUGCCAGGCCUGGAAUAACAUCACCUGGAGGGGCAGCAACCUGUUCAACUCCACAGAGGUUCUCCUUGAUGUCCACUAUCAUCCAACGAACACUUCAGUUUCAGUGGUUCCUGAACGUGCCCUGGAGGGCAGCAGUGUGAAUCUGACCUGCAGCAGUGAUGCGAACCCUCCGGUUGACAGCUACACCUGGUACAAGAUGGCAGCUUCUUCCAGCUCCAUGACCCAGGUGGGCUCAGGACAGACGCUGUUUCUGCCCUCGAUGCAGGCGUCUCACACCGGGCUCUACCUCUGCCUGGUCAGAAACAGUGUGGGGGAAAACAACUCCACUGAAGUUCUGCUCUCAAUGGCAGAAAAGCAGCAAGGCAGCCCAUCCAUCCCAGUCUUGGUUGGAAUCGGAGUCUCUCUUUGCAUCACACUUGUGAUUGUGCUGCUUUUGCUCCGGAGGAAACGGAGGCGCAACACAGGGGAAAAACAGCCUGUGUUUGACUCCGUGCUCAGUAGAUCUCAGUCUUCAGCCACUGAAGAUCCAUCUGAUGCUGUUUAUGCCAACAUCCUGACGUCUACAACCUCUGCUCCUCUGGCCAUCAGUUCUGCUUCACCAAGGAACUCACACUCUCAUGGCUCCACAUCUUAUGAAGAUGAGGUUCUUUACUCCACUGUGACCAUCAAACCAAAAAACACCAAACCUGUCACAGACAGCAGCCGAGCAGCUCAGGACUCCUGGUCCACCUCAGGGGAGAACAGCGACUCUGUGAUUUAUGCCGCUGUGGUUACGACCCGCUGAGGUUCAUCUUCUUCUCACCUGACAUGAAAAAUUCAAACCUCAGUGUCUCAGGGAGGUUAAACUGAGAUCUUUGUGCAAUAGUCUUGAAACACACAUGCUUUCACAAGUGUUAAAGGUUUCCAAAUAUCAUUAUAUUAUGCUUUGUGUUUUUUAUUUAUUUAUUUAGAAUCUGUGUUUUUUGCAAGGGCUUAUGUUGCAGAACCAGUUUAGUGUAACAUUAACUGCAAGUGUUUCAUUUUUACCUUGAGUAUUUAUGAUAUUCUUAAAGGACUUCUGUCUUUAUUUCUUUUUCAGUAUAAUUGUUGUAAAAGUCACAGCUCAUACAAAACCAUGUGAUAUUGUUUUGCAUCACUGUGAGCAAGUUGUUUUCAAUUAACCUGUUUCAAUGUAUUACAGAAUUCAUAAACAAAUAAAAGUGUUUAUUUCUCUUAGACACAUUUUAUUUCUUAUGAAUGUGAAAUGUAUUUAAAUGUUGUUUCAAAAGGAACUCCUGUUGGGGACCAUUUGAAUAAAUUUGUAUGAAUUGUC